AGCUGACUCCGGAGGGGACCUGCCCGGAAGCGAAUCCCGCGAGGACGCUUCUCUCCUUCUCCGCCUGGCCUGUCGCCCUCCGUUUCCAGGGAAGAUGGCGUCUCUUUGGCUCUUGCUGGUGUCGGUGGUGCUCUUCCCUCUUCCUUGCUCCGCGUGGCCCGUGCCCUACAGGCGUUUUGAUUACCGCCCUAAAACAGAUCCUUACUGUCAAGCCCGAUACACUUUCUGCCCAACUGGGUUUCCCAUCCCACUGAUGAGCGACAAGGAUGUCUUGGAAGUUUAUCGACUGCAGGCCCCUGUCUGGGAGUUCAAAGUGGGAGACCUCUUUGGACGUAUGAAAAUCAUGCACGAUGCUGUCGGUUUCAGGAGCACUUUAACAGGGAAAAACUACACGAUGGAGUGGUAUGAGCUCUUUCAGCUGGGAAACUGUACAUUUCCGCAUAUACGGCCUGAUCUGUUUGCGCCUUUUUGGUGCAACCAAGGAGCUGCCUGCUUCUAUGAAGGAAUAGAUAAUGUCCACUGGAAAGAGAAUGGGACGUUGGUCCAGGUGACCACAAUCUCAGGAGCUGUGUUUAAUGAAAUGGCGAAGUGGGUGAAAUAUGACAAUGACACUGGCAUUUACUAUGAGACGUGGGCCGUCAAAGAGAGUCCAGACAAGAAUGCCAGAGUUUGGUUUGAGUCGUACGAAUGCUCCAAGUUUGUAUUGCGGACAUAUCAAAAACUGGCUGAACUUGGAGCUAUUUUCAAGAAGAUACAAACUAACUAUACCACCGUCACUCUCUUCAGUGGACAGCCCACUUAUUUGGGAAAUGAAACAACUAUAUUUGGACCACGUGGGAACAAAACAGUAGCUGUUGCAAUUAGAAACUUCUAUUCUCCAUUCAAACCUUUUCGGUCAGUCAAAGAAUUCUUUGUAAACCUCUUGAGAAUAGUUGAUGAGGUGGUUCUGGAUCACCAGUUUUACCUCUUUUACAACCUCGAAUAUUGGUUUUUGCCCAUGAAGUAUCCUUACAUGAAAAUAGCCUAUGAAGAAAUCCCAUUGCCUAAUUCAAAUACCACAAAGUUUGGCAUGUAAUUAAGCCUUCAUGUUCUAAAAUAAUACCUCUCUUUGCUGAGGACAGGCCAUGGCAUUCUUUCAGAGUGAAGUGGAAAGGAGCAAGUGAUGGUAGACACCUGGAUUUCUAUCAGUAUUAGAAGUCCUCUGACAAGUUAAAGACAUCUAAACCAAGCUAUUUUCCUUGCACUGAAUCAGAAUGUGAGAUUUUUUUUUUACAGAUCUGUACUUCUAUUUUUCUAUAUAUUCUUAUAGUUUAAUGAACUCCCUGGCAUCAUUUCUUGAUGGAUGAUAUAUAAAUAUUUAAGUUUAGACCAUGGAAGCAUCAUUAAUCAAAGCUGGCAUAUUUUAUUUAUUUCAUACAUUUCUAUCCCAUCCUUCUCUCCACAAGGGGACUCAGAUUUGAAUAAAAACUGUCACUUUCAAAUGGUGGGUCAUCAAACAAUAAACAGUGACAAGUAUCUAAAGAGUGGACAAAAUGUGGCUCACGACGCUGUUCUUUUGCAGCCCUUGGCCACUCCAGAUUUCCUUCUGACCAAAAAUUGCGUAAAUUGCUUCUUGAGAAAUCCUGCAGACCUGCCCCCGUUUUUUUCAAAGCUAGCAGUAGACAUCCUGACCAAUUUCAGGUUUUGGUUGUUGUUUUUCUGGGUUUGUGUAGCAAUCAGAGGGUUCUGGGGACAAAGCUACCACAGCAACCAUCCCAAUGUCAAUUAACGAACGAGCAAGUUUUGUCUGUGAAGAGGACUCAAAGAUGCUUUAUUGAUUGAAUUUGGGGACCACAACUAUUACAAUGUACAAGUUGUGUGACAGUGUUAGGAAUCUAUACCUGGAAUAUGAAGUGCGGUAGAUGUAAACCUCACAGAGAUACUGUGCUCUUGAUGCAGCUGGUAUAAAAUGUAUGCAUUGUCUCUGUCAUACCUGAAAGUAAAUGGGAAACAAACCAAACCAACAGCUGUUAAAUAUAGUUAGAUUCACAAUGGAGGUUGAAGCAUCUCAUAUCAACUUCAUGUUUCCAACUUCCCAGUUGCAACCACCCCCCCCCCCCCC